GCAUGGAGGGUUUCCUGGGAGAGUGGGGUGGCCUGGGUCUCCUGAAGGAAUUAGGGUUAUAUCCUCUGAAUCCAUGGAGGGGUCAUUCCCAAGGGAAACAAGGACACCUGUCUCCUGAAAAUAAAGGAGGCAGAGUGCCUGUUUUGCUUCCUCUCCUUUCUCUUCCCCUCCUCUGAGGGGGCCAGCUGGCAUUAGCUGGCAAGGAAUGCUACAUUUCUCAGCUAAGCCCCCAGGCAGAAGAAUUUAAAGGCUGAAGAGUUGUUGAAGGAUCAGACAUAAUUGCUUCAGGGGCUCAGGAGUUGCUGGGGGUGGGUGGUUUGGGUAGUUGAGUAGGCCUGAGGGCCCAGGGCUGGGGAAGUUGAAGAGGAUCUGGGACCCUCAGUGGACCUCUGGUGGGCUGUGCAGUUGAGGAGGGAGGGAGGGUAGGGAAGGGACACCCCACCCCACUCCCUUCUGGAGAUUCCUCUUUCCUUCCUCCUGGCAUCUCUAGGAAUUUGACUCUCACACUUUCAGAGACUCUGUGUCUCUGAGGGACAUUUAUUGGGCACCCACAGUGUACCAGGCUCUGAGAAUUACCAGGUGGCCAGGUCUUCCCAUAGAUGAAUCACACUUUCUGUGUCUCUCUCUGCUUCUCCUCCAUGUCUCUGACUAUUCCUCUCUCCAGUGUCCUGGGAGAUCCCCAAAAAGCCCUCCCCUGCCCCCUUUCCAGGUUCCCUGUAGAGAGGUGGCAGUUGCCAUGGUAACAAUGACACAGUGACCUUGGGCCUGGGCUAUCCCUCCCCCCAGCACUGGGAGGGCCCAUAAGCCAGAUCCCACCCGCCACCCCUUCUCAGCCAUAAUUACAGGAUCUCCUCACCGCUGCCCUGCCCUACCUGUCUCCUUGCUCCCUUGUCCCGGGUCAGGACAAGCCUUCUGUAUGAGCUGUAGAGAAAUGCCUCCUGCACCCAGUUUCCUGUGGGGUUGAAUGCCUCUCUCUGAGGCUCACUCUAGCUGCACCCCUACUCCCCCCCAUCUUUCUGACUGGACUGUCCCUCUGAUCACAGCCCCAGUCCUGGAUGGCUGGAGACAGAAGAGGAAGACUGAGGAUAGGAGGGGUCAUUCAAUUAAUAGGUCAAGGACUUCCGGCCUGCAGAUGUCAGAGAAGCAAAGGGACUUGUUCAAGGUACUGGCCCAGGCCCUGACUCCCUGAAGAGAGAUGAGGAAACCAAGAUUCAGAGAGGUUCAGACACUUACCCGAGGUCACAUAGCUAGUCUCCUCUCCCACUUGUCCCGCCUGCCCCCGGCACCAUGGCCCCAGGCCCCUUCUCCCCGGCGCUGCCCUCACCGCCGCCUGCUGCCCUGCCCUUCCUGCUGCUGCUCUGGGCCGGGGCCUCUCGUGGCCAGCCCUGUCCCGGCCGCUGCAUCUGCCAGAACGUGGCGCCCACACUGACCAUGCUGUGCGCCAAGACCGGCCUGCUCUUCGUGCCGCCCGCCAUCGACCGGCGCGUGGUGGAGCUGCGGCUCACCGACAACUUCAUCGCGGCCGUCCGCCGCCGCGACUUCGCCAACAUGAGCAGCCUGGUGCAUCUCACCCUCUCCCGCAACACCAUCGGCCAGGUGGCGGGCGGCGCCUUCGCCGACCUCCGCGCCCUUCGCGCCCUGCACCUCGACAGCAACCGCCUGGCGGAGGUGCGCGGCGACCAGCUCCGCGGCCUGGGCAACCUCCGCCACCUGAUCCUCGGCAACAACCAGAUCCGCCGGGUGGAGUCGGCCGCCUUUGACGCCUUCCUGUCCACCGUGGAGGACCUGGAUCUGUCCUACAACAACCUGGAGGCCCUGCCAUGGGAGGCGGUGGGCCAGAUGGUAAACCUCAACACCCUCACGCUGGACCACAAUCUCAUCGACCACAUCGCCGAAGGCACCUUCGUGCAGCUGCACAAACUGGUUCGCCUUGACAUGACCUCCAACCGCCUCCAUAAACUCCCGCCCGACGGGCUCUUCCUGAGGUCCCAAGGCGCGGGGCCCAAGCCACCCACGCCGCUGACCGUCAGCUUCGGCGGCAACCCCCUGCACUGCAACUGCGAGCUGCUCUGGCUGCGGCGGCUGACCAGGGAGGACGACCUGGAGACGUGCGCCACCCCCGAGCAUCUCACCGACCGCUACUUUUGGUCCAUCCCGGAGGAAGAGUUCCUGUGCGAACCCCCGCUGAUCACGCGGCAGGCGGGAGGCCGGGCCUUGGUGGUCGAGGGCCAGGCCGUGAGCCUGCGGUGCCGGGCCGUUGGCGACCCCGAGCCGGUGGUGCACUGGGUGGCGCCCGACGGGCGGCUGCUGGGGAACUCAAGCCGGACCCGGGUCCGGGGGGACGGGACGCUGGAUGUCACCAUCACCACCUUGCGGGACAGCGGCACCUUCACCUGCAUCGCCUCCAACGCCGCCGGGGAGGCCACGGCGCCCGUGGAGGUGUGUGUGGUGCCUCUGCCGCUGAUGGCGCCCCCACCGGCCGCUCCGCCCCCUCUCACCGAGCCCGGCUCCUCUGACAUCGCCACGCCGGGCCGACCCGGUGCCAACGAUUCCGCGGCUGAGCGCCGGCUGGUGGCCGCCGAGCUCACCUCGAACUCCGUGCUCAUCCGCUGGCCGGCUCAGAGGCCCAUUCCGGGCAUCCGCAUGUACCAGGUCCAGUACAACAGCUCGGCCGAUGACUCCCUUGUCUACAGGAUGAUUCCAUCCACCAGCCAGACCUUCCUGGUGAAUGAUUUGGCGGCAGGCCGCGCCUACGACCUGUGUGUGCUGGCCGUCUACGACGAUGGGGCCACUGCGCUGCCCGCCACGCGCGUGGUGGGCUGUGUGCAGUUCACCACGGCUGGGGACCCGGCGCCCUGCCGCCCGCUCCGGGCCCAUUUCCUGGGCGGCACCAUGAUCAUCGCCAUCGGGGGCGUCAUCGUCGCCUCGGUCCUGGUCUUCAUCGUCCUGCUCAUGAUCCGCUACAAGGUCUACGGUGAUGGAGAUGGCCGCCGCGUUAAAGGCACCUCCAGGUCGCCCCCGCGCGUCAGCCACGUGUGCUCGCAGACCAACGGCGCAGGGGCGCCACAGGCUCCGCCGCCGCCGGCUCAAGACCGCUACGAGGCGCUGCACGAGGUGACUUCCCUGGCUGCGGCCGCGGUGGCCGUCGAGGCGAAGGCCACGGCUGCCGAGGCCGUUUCCGCGGAGCCGGAAGCGGCCCUUGGACGCUCUCUGGGUGGCUCGGCCACCUCGCUGUGUCUGCUGCCGUCCGAGGAAACCACCGGGGAGGAGCCUUGGGCCGCGACGGGUCCUCGGAGGAGCCGUUCCGGAGCCCUGGGGCCGCCAGUUUCGGCGCCCUCCACUUUGGCUCUGGUUCCUGGGGGUGCCCAGGCCCGGCCGAGGCCGCAGCAGCGCUAUUCGUUCGACGGGGACUACGGGGCGCUCUUCCAGAGCCACAGUUACCCGCGCCGCGCCCGGCGGACAAAGCGCCACCGGUCCACGCCGCACCUGGACGGGGCUGGAGGGGGCGCGGCCGGGGAGGACGGAGACCUGGGGCUGGGCUCCGCCAGGGCGCGCCUGGCCUUUACCAGCACCGAGUGGAUGCUGGAGAGUACCGUGUGAGCAGGCGGGCGGGCGCCGGGACGCCUCGGUGCCCCUGGACAGACGCCCAGCCGCUGGGACGCCCAGGGCAGGACAUGGGGGAGAGAGGCAGCGCCGAGACGUUGGACUGGAGGGGGACAAGCCCUUCUCUUCCCCGGAGGGGGCGGGGCGGCCUCGUGCCCAGGGAGGGUAGGGGGCAGGCCGCCGGGCUCCCCUCCCCCACGCGCUCCCCGCCCCCCUCCUGCCCCUCUCCCCGCACGCUCGCGGACCUCGCUGGAGUCGGUGCCUUACACAGCGAAGCGCGGGGAGGGGCAGGACCCCCCGACACUGCAGCACUGAGACACGAGUCCCCUCACCCCGCCCGGGACCCGGGGCAGGGUGAGGGGCCCAUUUCUUGUAUCUGGCUGGACUAGAUCCUAUUCUGUCCCGCGGCGGCCUCCAAAGCCCCCCACCCCAUCCCGUUCACCUCCCUGGUCCCGUCAGGUCUGGCUUGGGGGGGGGGGUCCCCCUUCUCUGCCCCCCUCGUUUAUCUCCAUCCCGCCCCUUGUUGUCUAUGUCUCUGUCCUUCUCAACUUGUCUCUCCUUUCUCUGUCCCGUGGUCUCUUCUCCCGGAUUUGGUCCAGUCUCCCGUUGCUCCCGAUUUCCUCGCCCAGCUACUCAUUCUCCCGGGCCGGUCCCACUGGAAGGACCAGACUUUCCCCGAUUCUUCCUUGUUCCCCAAAUAAAUCCCCACACGAACAAAAUCCAAAACCAAAUCCCCCCGCCCAUACCGGAGCCGGGACCCUCCGCCGCAGCAGAAUUAAACUUUUUUCUGUGUCUGAGGCCGCUAUGCGUGACCUCUGUGUGUGUCCGUGUGUGUCUUGGAGGGGGGGGGGGUGACCUGGAUUGCAGCAGAAUGACUGUAAGUGAGACUACAGGAAGGGUGGCUGACUGGGGCCAGGGAGACUGGCAGACAGACCCCAAUCCUCUGAGACUUAGAGGUGGGGGAUAAUAAAAAUAAAAUGAUAAUAGCUAACACUUGAGUGCUUAUAUGUGCAAGCACUGUUCAAAGCACUCUUCAUGUCUUAAGUCAUUUAAUCCUCGUACAACCGUGAGAGAUCGGGACUGUUACAUCAUUUUUACAGGUGAGGAAAAUAAGGCCUGGAAGAGCUAAGUAAUUUGCCCAAGGUCACACAGCCAGAAGCUGACAAAAUUGGGAUCUAAAGGCAGGCAGUCUGGCUUCUGACACUAAAUCACGUCACUCUACUGCGAAAGUUAUUGAAUGUUCAUUCCACACGGAGGCAUCGUGCUAAACACAACUGCUCUCACUGAGAUCCGACAGCUGUGUGAGGUAGAUAUCUUUGGUCCCAUUUUACUGACAGGAAUCUGAUUCAGAGAGAGGUGAAGUCACUUGCCCAAGGUCCCCCAGUGAGAAGAUGGUGGAGCUGGCAGUUGGACCUCAAUAGCCGUUCCUUACCACUAAACUAUGUUGCGCAAGGGUCUGUGUCUGGAGGCUAGGGAAUGUCCCCAAUGACCUUAGCUGAGUGUGGGUACCCCCAA